AUGUCCGACGGCUGGGGCGACAGGUACCAGCAGCGCUUCGGAGCGGAUCCCGUGGAACCUGGUGCGGAUCCCGUCUUCCCUGGUGCGGAUCCCGUCGACCCUGGUGCGGAUCCCGUGCACGACCCUGGUGCGGAUCCCGUCCACGACCCUGGUGCGGAUCCCGUCGGCGCGAUCAUCCCUGCGUGCCAUGCGCUGCUCCCCGUUCACGCAGACGUCGUUGUCGACCACCAGAUGUUCGGAGCAUUGUUCGAUGCGGCGGUUUCCGCAGACUUCCAGUCGGACGAAUUGUGCGCCCGAGCGGAACGGAUACUUUCUCAGCAGGGGGUCUCGAGCACCAAGGCCAUGCUGCAUGGCAUCAACUUGUCGCACCACUCACACGCAUGGACAGUGAAGGAACGCCUCGCAGAGCUUACUCUCAUGAUGGACAGGUGGCUCAGAGGCCAACUCGAGAUGAAGCUCACCACUAUCCCAGACGUUAACCUGGUGAUGUACGCGAUGUUCGAGGCCUACGACGAGACGCCGUUGAAGACUGGAGCCGUGCAAAGUGAGGAUGCAGUGCUGCUACCGCUGCACAGCUACAUGGAGUCGAUCGAGGACGUAGGCGGAGCGGGUGGAGACGGCGACGGCAUCGACGGUUAUGGCCAGAUCAGGGCUUCCAGGCCCCACAUCCGCGUGAAGGACACGCAGGUUUCCAAGAUAUUCCAGGUCACGCGAUGGGCAUCAAUGUUGAUCAGAAUCGGUCCGACAUAUUAUCUGUUCAGGGUGAAGACGCUGAACUCGCUAUCGAACCUUGAGAGCACCACCUCGAACGUCAUCAACAAAGCGCUUGGCUCCGUCGAGCACCUGAGUAUGGCCCCAACCAAGUUCAAGCACAAGAUCAGGGUUGCCAUGUCGGACGCCGCAUCCUCCAACAUCCGAGUCUCGACGUGCAACAAGCGUUCUUGCCAGAUCGUCGACUUGUUCUUCACUUUCGGCAUUCGUUUUUCUCUGAGCCUGCAAGCCGCUGGUGCCAUGGCGCAGUUCAGGCAGGCCAUCGUUGAAGUGUUGAUUGAUCACGCCGAUGUCCGACGGGGCGCGUCUUCGCAAGAGGCAGCGGCAUAUCGGAAAGCAGUGGUUCAGAGCUACCUUGGAAAGGGUAAGGGGGCGCGGGCGCGAUGGGCGACGCUCGAGUGCACUCUCAGGGGAGAUUGGCAGAACCAUAACCACAUCGAGAUCUAUGUGGGCUGGGACGAAACCAACUCAGUCCAACACGUCAUCGAGAAGCUGUCCUGGGAUAUCUUGUUCGCUAUUGCCCCCAGAGCCCUUCGAGUGUUCAACAGGAAAAGCUGGACUGGCUUGUCAGAGGCGCUCGCGGACAUUUGCUUCCUAGACGCAGUGCACGGCAUCUGUUCGAAGGCGCACAUCAAAUGGGUUACCAACAGGGGCGAGUUGACACCAGACAUGGCCAGGAGGUUAUCAGCGAGGAGUUGCGCGGCUUACAUGGGGCCUGGCAGCACCGCGCACCAGAAGCAUCUGAUCACUCAGAACGACGCGGUUGGUGCGACGACGGACAAGCAGGGCGAGAACGACGUGGCCGCAGUUCGGACACAGAACAAGGCGUACAGGCUCGCUGGCGUCAGCUUGAUUGCGGACGGCCACUUGUUCGCGUACCCGAUCCUGCACGUUGCCGUCGCGAAGUUGCAGGCGCUCCUCGGGCGAUACAUGGAGCAGAGCGGCAUCAGGUGGGAAUUAAACCAGCGCAUGGGAACCAUUGCCGACGGCGGGGCCGCUACGUUCGAGUUCGACCCGAGGCGCCCCCUGCGCCGACAGUGCGCCCUGACGAAUGCAGCCCAGAACUACUUCGAGACAAUGUUCAUUGCGGAGUCGGACGUCGCCAUGAAUGCGAUGGAUGACUGGCGCGCUUUGCACCCCAGAUCGUACACCACCUACUUCGGAGCGCUGGCAUUCAGGCUCAUUCUUCGGUCCAAG